UGCCCAGCCAGCCAAUGGGAGUUAGCGCAGAAAACUAUUAAAACCGGUCCUCUCCAAGAAGCCGCUACAGAAACUCAGGGAAGGAGCCAGAGGCAGAGAUUUCAGCAGAGCCCUGCUCCCAACUCCCGGGACUGACUGCAGAGAAGGGCAGGCAGGCAGCCUGGAGCACCCUCACCCCAGCUGCUUCUCCCACAUCCCAGCACAGAGAAGGAAACAGUGCUGAAGCCAAGCCUUGGAAACUUGAAGCCAGCCGUGCCGAGUCCUGCAGGAUCCUCAGCCCAGCUGCCUCUGCCCCUGGGAUCUCCUGUGCAGGGCUGCGACUUGGAACAAAAGAAUUGGGAAGAGGCGGCACCACCGGCAAGCAGCCGGCUCCCUGUCAUCUGGCUACAGGCGCACUCAGCCGUGCCCAGCUGGCAGAGACUGCUCCUCCUGGUAGGGGAGACGCUGUGGGCACCCAGGUGCUGCACCCCAGGGCCCAGAGGAUGGUAGCUGGAGCAGGUCUCCUGUAGCUGAGUCCCGAGGGGAGUUGAUUCCUUUCAGCUGCCGUCCAACCUUGCUACGUCCAGUGCUCCAGGGCUUGGCCCCUUGGGGAUAAAACCACUGCAUCUGUUUUAUUAUCCACUAACACCACCUGUGCCCUUUGUCCUGCCAUGAUGAACCCGGCCCCCGCAUUGUGGCUCCUAACUAUGGCCACCUGCUGCCUCCUUGUCCUGGCAUCCUGGGAGUACGCCCGGGCCGGCGUCUACAAGGAGGAGGUCGUGUUUCUGGAGAGGCUAAACAGCAGCGCCAGCCCCACUGGUAUGGAUGAGGUGGACAUGGCUGGGAACGGGCUGGGCAGCGGCAGCCCCAACCAGCAGCUCCUCUACCGCCUCCGGGUCUUCGGAGAGGAGCUGGUGCUGGCACUGGAGCGGGACCCCAGCUUCCUGUCCAAGGACCUGACCGUGCAGUACCUGGGCCAAGGCGGGCAGGCGACCGACAGCGCUGUGGAGCCUGGGAACUACUUCACCGGGACGGCGAACUCCGAUCCCGAGUCUAUCGCAGCCGUGCACUUCGACGGGACGUCGCUGCUGGGCGUGCUGAAGUACCAUGGCGCCGAGUACCACGUGCAGCCCCUGGACGGCGGCGUGCCCAACGCAGCGGGAGGGGCCAGUGCCCACGUGGUGAAGAAGAAGAUGCCAGAAAAAGCCAGCGGCCCCAUGUGCAGCGUGGGAGUCCAGGCCCCAGGCACCCCUCUGACCCACGAGCGCCAGCCCCUGGAGCGUCCAGCAUCCGCGAGGAGGGCAAAGCGCUUCGCCUCGGUCAUGCGCUACGUGGAAAUGCUGGUGGUGGCGGAUGAGAAGAUGGCGCAGUUUCACGGCGCGGGGCUGGAGCGGUACCUCCUCACUGUCAUGGCAGCUGCCGCCAAGUUCUUCCGGCACCCGAGUCUGAGCAACCCAGUCAACCUGGUGGUGACACGGCUAGUGGUGCUGGGCCAAGCCGAGGACGGGCCCUCCAUCACCAGCAACGCUGCCCAAACCCUGCGCAAUUUCUGCAAGUGGCAGCAGGGACUCAACAAGGCAGACGAUGCCGACCCUGAGCACUUUGACACAGCCGUGCUCUUCACCCGCCAGGACCUGUGUGGCAUCUCCACCUGCGACACACUGGGCAUGGCAGACGUGGGAACCGUGUGCGACCCAGCCCGCAGCUGCUCCAUCGUGGAGGAUGAUGGCUUGCAGUCAGCCUUCACCGCGGCCCACGAACUCGGCCAUGUGUUCAACAUGCUUCAUGACAACUCCAAGCCCUGUGAGGAGCUGAACGGCCGUAGUAGCAGCUCCCGUCACAUGAUGGCACCUGUGAUGUCCUACGUGGACCCAGAAGAGAUGUGGUCGCCGUGCAGCGCCCGCUUCAUCACUGACUUCCUCGACAAUGGCCAUGGCCACUGCCUCCUGGACAGGCCACGUGAGCCCCUGCACCUGCCACCUGCCCUCCCAGGCAACGACUACAAUGCUGACCGACAAUGCCAACUGACUUUCGGGUCAGACUCACGCCACUGCCCCAAACUGCACCCACCCUGCUCCUCCCUGUGGUGCACGGGCCGCAUCAAUGGGCACUUCAUGUGCCAGACCAAGCAUUUCCCCUGGGCUGACGGCACCCCCUGUGCUGAGGGCAAGACCUGCAUGAAUGGUCGCUGCAUCAGCAAGAUUGAGAUGAGGGCCUUCAAGACUCCUGUCAAUGGUCGCUGGGGGCCCUGGGGCCUGUGGGGCAAGUGCUCACGGACCUGCGGCGGGGGUGUGCAGUACUCCAUCCGUGAGUGCAACAAGCCCGUCCCCCGCAAUGGCGGCAAGUACUGCGAGGGCGAGCGCACCAAGUACCGCUCCUGCAACGUGCAGGGCUGCCCAGGGGGCACUGCCCUCUCCUACCGAGAGCAGCAAUGUGCCAUCUACAACAACCGCCCAGAUAUGUUCAAGAGCCUCCCUGCCCCCAUGGACUGGGUGCCCCGCUACAGCGGUGUGGCUGAGAAGGACCAGUGCAAGCUAACCUGCCAGUCCCAGGCACUGGGCUACUACUACGUGCUGGAGCCACGGGUGGCUGACGGCACGCCCUGCUCGCCUGACAGCACCUCGGUGUGCGUGCAAGGCCGCUGCAUCAACACUGGCUGUGACCGCAUCAUCGGCUCCAAGAAGAAGUUUGACAAGUGCAUGGUGUGCGGGGGCGAUGACAGCAGCUGCACCAAGACCUAUGGCAAAUUCAUCAAGCCCCGCUAUGGGUACAACAAUGUUGUCACCAUCCCGGCCGGAGCCACGCAUAUCAGGAUCAACCAGACCAGUGGCUCAGGCACAGCCAGUGAUGGCAUCUACUUGGCGCUGCGGAGGCAGGACGGCAGCUAUGCCCUGAAUGGGAACUACGUGCUGGUGCCCUCUGAGAUGGACAUACGCCUGCCAGGUGGCAUAAGCCUGCGUUACAGCGGUGCCACCAAGAACAUGGAGACCAUCAUGGGAAAUGGGCCACUCCAGGAGCCCCUCAUGCUGCAGGCCCUGGUGGUGAGCGACCAGCGGGCUCCGCGCCUCAGGUACACCUUUUUUGAGCCCAAGCAGCGGAGAUUGUCAUCCAAGGAGUGGCUCAGACAGAAGGAUCAGAUCCUGGAGGUCCUGAGGAGCAGGCGUCGCUACCAGUAGCUUCCAGUGCCCCCAGCCUUGGACCCCCCCAUUGCAGGGAGCAGCCACUUGUGCCCCCCGUGCACCUGGGUUGGUGGGACUCAGAGGAAGCCACCUGGCCUGGGAGCCCCACUCACUGUUACGGACAAGCUGGGGCCCUGAAGCCCUGGACAGCUGCAAUGCAGCUCUGCUCUCCCAGACCCAGUGACUGCACAGCAGAGACCAAGGGGGGAUGCAGGCCCAGCACACUGCUGGGGACUGUCAGCUCCAUCCAGCCCUACAGACUGGGACCAGCCAUCCAAGGACAGCUCAAUGGGUGAGGCAGGAGCCUCUACCCACAGCCGGCCUGGAGCCCCUCUGCGCAUGGCCAAAAGGAACUGUGCACCAGUCUCUAUUUAUUUGGUUAUUUAUUGCUGGCCAGAAGCAGGACUGGGUGCCGCCCUGGGUCCAACACUGCUGCUUCUCCCUGUGGCCCAGUGAGACUAGGACCUGCUCUGGGCACUGCCAGGCCUCGGCCAGCACCGGCUGCGAAGCACGUGUGAAACAACGUCUACCUCAGCCGCAGCACCUCCAGCCUGCCAGCCCCCCAUGAUCAGGGCCCUGGCUCCUGGCAGCUCCUAGUAGCCCCCCCACUCCCCCACUGGAGCUGGGUCUCAUGGGGUUUUCCAAUGUCGGUCCCGACUGGCAAGGGGCAAAUGCCCCCCUCGGGGCAGCGAGGGCUGCAUAGGCAGGGCACAUGGAGCUGCCUGCAGCCUCAUGGGGCUCCCUUCACUCCCGCUGCACCCUGGCCUGGCCCUGGUGUCCCUGGCACCAGGAGCAGCGAAGUCCUGGUGCUGCAGGUCCUGGACCCCACCAAACCCUGCCACUCUCAGGCCAGGGCAGGACGGGGGCUGGGGCCACAGGGAGGGUUGCAGUCUGGAAAACUGGGAUGAGGUCCAGCAAGGGCAGGAGAAGAGCUCCGGAGACCGUGCGGUCUAGGGGGUGCAGCCAGGUGCUGCUCCAGCUCUGGGGGGAAGCGAUGCCCAAUGGUGGGAGCUGCUGGUGGCCGCUGGUGCUGGCACCGCCCUCCAGGAGUGGGCAGGUGUGCAGUGCGGGGGGAAGUAACCACUAUGUCAAAUGCUUCUCAGUCUGGUGGAUGG